AUGGUUCAGUCGCCACGGUGCUUGCUAAGGCUCAGCGAUUUCACAUCUUGGAAUAUUGAGCUCUCCUUCUCUUGUGCCGGUGCAGCUGGUUAUUCUUAUGGAAGUGGGGGCAGUCACAGCUCAGAUGGCGAGGACGCAACGCCCACGACACUGGUAGUCUUGGGUAUCGCCUUUAUGGUCUGCAGUGUCUUCUCUGAUGCCAUCAUUCCCAAUUAUCAGAAACUAUUACUCAAUCAAGGAGUUCCUGUCACCCAGCUGAUGAUCAAUGUCAAUACUAUAGGUGCCGUGACUUCUUUGGCAUACAUAGUGGUGACAGGCCAGCUGUUUGCUCUCCUUGGUGCUUGGCAUGCGCACCCAGAACUGUUGUUUUACUUGACCUGCGUGGGAGUUUCUCUUUCCAUCGCUGUAUGGGCGUACACAAAGCUGAUCCAGGCUACUUCCUCAGUGGUGGCCGUGGCAGUUUCCACUCUUCGAAAGGUGGCAACUAUGUUCCUAUCCUACAUCAUCUUCCCCAAGCCACUGCUGACAAUUCACAUUUACAGUGGGUGCAUGGUCCUGUUAGGUGUGAUUCUUAGCACCGUAGCAAAGGAAAGAAUGGACAGCAAGAAAUAA